AUGCAAGUUCGGGUUCUGAUGAAUGUUCUAAAAUGUAGUGUCGCUUUCAUUGGGCUCGGUGAAGAAAUCGAGACACUACUCCUUGAUGUCAUUCCAGGUGUUCGCGUCCUGAGUUUCCCAGCCCCGUCGCCGUCAAAACAAGGUAUCGAAGCCGGUGCGCGAAAUCUGCUCCAAGGUCUUCACGAAGAUCCCCCCAUAAGUGCAAUGAUCCAUGUUAACUCCCACAAGAAAUACACGGAAUUGUCCAGCAUAAUAACAGACCUGGUUCGCAAGUAUCCUCCCUUCUCACAGAGCUACUCCCGUCCUGAUGCGAAAAUGAUCUAG